AAAAUUUUAAAAUAAACACAAAGUACCAGAUCAAUAAUAAUAUAAGUUCAAAUGUUGAUGUGAUUGUAUUUCAGUUUACACAUUUCACAACAGUGAUGAUAGUGAAAAACCUGACGUAAGAAUCUUACAUAUUGUAACAGUUUUUCAAGUUUCAUUACAUGUGUGAAUUAAAAACAGUGGCAAUAAACUGAACACAUAUACACAUAACAAACAGGUGCAAUGGCAGAACAAUCACUCUUGAAUUUUAUGGAUGAAUUACUAGAAAGCAGUUGCCUUUUUUGUGCAGUUUGUAAAGAUAUUUUAAAACCUCCUAUUAUGUUAGUAGAGAAUGUAGGAAACAUUUGUAAAAAAUGUUAUGAAGAAAAGCAAGAAAUAAUGAAUUGGAAAAGUAUGAAUAAUUCAGCUUUAGAGAAUGUAUUAAAAUUAUUAAAACUGCCUUGCAAAUAUAAAACUAAAGGUUGUGCUGUAAGAGUAUCUUAUGAAGAUUUAGAUUUUCAUCAAAAAGGUUGUAAAUAUCGCACCAAAGUAUGUUCCAUGUUAAAGUUUGGUUGUGAUUGGGAAGGAAGUACAAUUGAUUUCAUAGAACACUUUAAAGAAUGUCAUGGUGAUCAUGUUAUUAACUUUGAAAACAAUUUAUUCUUCUUGGAAACCUCUCUUAGUGAUACAAACAUGGUAAAAUUACUGGUAAUGAAGCAGCACACUUUUAUACUCAGGAUGCAGACUAAUCUUCGAAAAAAUAAACUAUUCUACAUAAUUUGCAGUGUACAUGAUGAUGAUUACUCAUCAUUUUGUGAGUAUUCAGUCAAGCACAAAGGAGGAAGUGAAAACUAUAUUAAAACAAAAUCAAAAAUUCUCUCUUCAUAUCACAUUUAUAAUGAGUUUGAUGAAAGCAUUGCUAUGGAAAUCGACCUAGAUGCACUUAAGCAAAUUUCCCAUAUCUCCGAUACUAUAACGAAUAUAUUUAAAAUUAAAUUGGAAGAACCUUCUGGGGAAACAAUUGAUGAUAAAAUAUUGCACUUUUUUGAAUGUCCUGUAUGUAAAAAUUUUAUGAAACCUCCUAUUUUCCAAUGUAGCUCAGGCCAUAGUAUUUGCAACAUGUGUAGACCUAGACUAGAGAAAUGUCCAACUUGCAGAUCAGCAUUUGGUAAUACUCGAAACUAUUCUUUAGAAGGCCUGACAGCAGGUGUUCAAUAUCCAUGUGUGUAUCACGAUUCUGGAUGUUUAGAAAUUGGAUCUGCCAAUCAUAUUGUGAAACACGAAAGUGAAUGUUCUUUUAAACCUUACAGUUGCCCUUUUCCAACUUGUACAUCAAAUGGAAAUCAUGAAGUUAUAGUUCAGCACCUUAUAAAUUUUCAUUUUGACUCGGUUAUAUACUGCGGCAGUACAAGUUACACUGAUUCUUUCCGCUUAGAUCAGAACAACUGUUACAAUAAAAUAUUUGAUCGAAAGUGUAUUAUAACAUGUAAUCACAUAUUUAGAAUUACUUGUCGAAGAGUGGCUGAACAUUGUCUUAUGGCUGCUGAAAUUGUGGGAAGCAAAAACGAUUUAAAAACAUUUGUCUAUGAAGUAUCAAUAAUAGACAUGAGGAGACCAGAGAAGAAAUUGAUCAGAACCGACUAUUGUUUAAACGAAAUGCCUGAAGAUGAGCUGUUCAAAAAAUGCAUUAUGUUUCCUAAUAGUGUCCUGUCUUCGUAUUCUAAUCAUGGAAUGGUUACUUUCAAUGUAGCUAUCAAAGAAAAAUAGGUAAGUUAACGGUUCAUUUGAUACUUUAUUUAAAUUUACUUUGUGCUUCCUCGCUCAUAAACUGAAUGUUCAGUUCUUUAAUACUGUACUUAGUCAAUGGUACAUUGUUUCGAGGUUUGUAGGUCGUGGUCUAUAAUUAUUUCUUGAUGACGAUGGAUGAUGGAUAUUAAAUGACUAUUGUUUAUAGUUUUCUUGUGUG